UUGUGUUGGCUACACUACAAAUGAGUUUAAUAUGUAGAACUUUCACUAGUUCAACGUACUCAAGUCUAACGAUGCCCAGUGUCCAUCUGGGUUCGUAAGUGUUCAUUGGAUAAUACAUUUUGUAUUGCUGCAGUUGCUUCAAUGAUAUUUUUCGAAAAUUAUUCACAAUGAAAAAUAUUCGUCAGUUACAAAUGCAUACGAUGAGAUGGCGAUCAACCGCUACUGCACAUUCUCCACAUGUCUCUGCGGGAUCAUCUGAAGACUUAGAAGUGACUAAUGAACUUAUCACAGCCAAACACUACAGUCAGGUGCCAGGACCCACGCCAUGGCCCAUUAUAGGAAACACUUGGAGAAUGUUACCAGUUAUAGGUCCGUAUCAGAUAUCAGAUUUGGCAAAUGUUUCCUACAUCCUGUACAAACAAUAUGGGAAAAUAGCAAAGUUGGGAAAUCUUGUUGGUCGACCGGAUUUGCUAUUUGUUUACGAUGCUGAUGAAAUAGAAAAAGUGUAUAGACAAGAAGGUGAUACACCGUUUAGACCUUCUAUGCCGUGCUUGGUAAAAUAUAAAAGCCAGGUUCGAGGACAAUUUUUCGGGAGACUACCGGGCGUUGUAGGAGUACACGGAGAACCGUGGAGAGAAUUCAGAACCAAAGUUCAAAAGCCUGUUUUACAGCCACAAACUGUUAAGAAAUAUAUUCAACCAAUUGAAGAAGUUUCCGACUAUUUUAUAAAACGGAUGCAAGAGAUGAAAAACGAAAAUUCUGAAAUGCCAGCUGACUUUGAUAAUGAAAUUCAUAAAUGGGCUUUAGAGUGUAUCGGCCGUGUGGCAUUAGACGCAAGACUAGGUUGCCUAAGGCCAGAUUUACCAAAAAAUUCAGAGCCACAAAAAAUAAUCAAUGCCGCAAAAUACGCUCUUCGCAACGUGGCUUUAUUAGAGCUUAAGUAUCCGUUUUGGCGAUACUUGCCAUCCACGCUCUGGAAAAAAUAUGUUUCAAAUAUGGAUUAUUUCAUUGAAAUUUGUAUGAAAUAUAUUGACGAUGCAAUGUUGAGAUUAAAGAAUAAAUCACAAUCGGUAAAUGAAACCGAAUUGUCUUUGGUUGAGAGAAUUUUAGCGAAUGAAUCUGAUCCAAAAACUGCUUACAUAUUAGCGUUGGAUCUUAUUUUAGUUGGGAUUGAUACGAUUUCGAUGGCCGUAUGUUCAAUGCUUUAUCAAAUAGCCACACGACCAGAAGAGCAAGAAAAAAUACAUCAAGAAAUAUUGAAAAUUUUACCAAAUAAAGAAGAUAAACUUGAUGCAAGUAAAUUAGAAAAAAUGGUUUAUUUAAAAGCGUUUAUCAAAGAAGUAUUGAGAAUGUAUUCAACUGUGAUUGGUAAUGGUAGAACCCUUCAAAAGGAUAUGGUGAUUUGUGGAUACAGAAUACCAAAAGGUAUUCAAUUAGUUUUUCCAACAAUUGUUACGGGGAAUAUGGAAGAAUAUGUAACGGACUGUAAACAGUUUAAACCCGAAAGAUGGUUGAAACAAUCAUCAGAUUAUAUUCACCCGUUUGCUUCGUUGCCGUACGGGCAUGGUCCAAGAAUGUGUCUAGGAAGAAGAUUUGCCGACUUAGAAAUGCAAGUCUUCUUGGCAAAGUUGAUACGAUCGCACAAACUUGAGUAUUUGCAUAAACCAUUGGAUUACAAAGUAACAUUCAUGUACGCGCCUGAUGGCGAACUAAAGUUCAAAAUGACUGAGAGGCCUACUAACGGAUUAAUAAUAUAUGCGCGCAAUUGCUUGUUUUCAGGUCGCAAUAUAAAUAAUAAAAUGUCCGUGUUGGCCAAACAGUUGAGGAAUUUAAGGGUUAAAAUUUGUCGUGCUAACAAGUCCACAGCAGUUCUUACAAGCAUAUCACAAGACGAUGUAGAUUUUGCCAAAGAAUAUUCGGAACUACCAGGCCCUAAGUCGUUACCGUUGUUGGGCAAUAAUUGGAGAUUCAUGGCAUAUAUCGGGGACUACAAAGUAACCGAAAUAGACAAACUCUCAUUGAGAUUAUGGAAAGAGUAUGGAGACAUUGUAAAAAUCGAAAAAUUGCUCGGGAGACCGGAUAUGGUGUUUCUGUACGAUGCGGACGAGAUUGAAAAAGUAUUUAGAAAUGAAGAGCUUAUGCCACACCGGCCGUCUAUGCCAUCAUUAAAUUAUUAUAAGCACGUUUUACGGAAGGAUUUCUUUGGUGAUUUGGCCGGUGUUAUAGCUGUACAUGGUCAAAAAUGGUAUGAAUUUCGAAGUAAAGUACAACAACCUAUGCUGCAACCGAGAACAGCAAAAUUUUAUAUUGGUACUAUUGAAGAUACAGCAUCGGCGUUUGUAAAUAGAAUAAAAAAAAUAAAAAAUAAUCAUCAAGAAGUUCCUGAUGACUUUUUAAAUGAAAUUCAUAAAUGGUCGCUUGAAUCCAUCGCUAGAGUGGCAUUAGAUCAAAAACUCGGGUGCCUUGAAGAUGAACACACAGUAGAUUCAGAUACACAAAAUUUAAUAGACGCCAUCAACACAUUUUUUGCAAAUGUUCCAGAGUUGGAGUUGAAAAUACCAUUUUGGAAAUUAUUUAGUACACCUACUUGGAGAAAGUAUAUUAACGCGUUGGAUACUAUUACAAAUGUUACAUCCAAACAUAUAAAUCGAUCUAUGGAUCAAUUAUUGUCUCAAAAAUCAUUUUGUCCUGAUAGUCAAUCAUCUUUGUUACAAAGAGUACUUAGUUUGGAUCCGUCUAAUCCAAAAUUAGCUCAGAUACUGUCGUUAGACAUGUUCAUCGUUGGCAUAGACACGACCUCAGCAGCUCUUUCUUCGAUUCUCUAUCAAUUAAGUCGACAUCCAGAUAAACAAAAGAAAUUAAGGGAAGAAAUACGAACUGUAUUGCCAAAUUCUGAUUCAAAAUUAACUACCGACAAACUUGAACAGUUGCAGUAUCUAAAAGCAUGCAUAAAAGAAACACUGAGAAUGUAUCCUGUGGUUAUUGGAAAUGGUCGCUGUAUGACCAAAGAAACAAUAAUAAGUGGAUAUAAAAUUCCAAAAGGAGUGCAAGUCGUGUUUCAACAUUACGCUAUUAGUAAUAGCAGUAGAUACUUUCCAAACCCUGAACAAUUUUUACCGGAAAGGUGGUUAAAAGGAAGUGGAUAUAAACAUCAUCCAUUUGCUAGUUUACCAUUCGGUUAUGGAAAAAGAAUGUGCUUGGGUCGUAGAUUUGCCGAUUUGGAACUUCAAACAGUUGUUUCAAAGAUUUUUCAGAAUUUUGAAGUCAAGUACGAGUACGGUAACUUGGAAUAUACUGUACAUCCAAUAUACAUGCCAGAUGGCCCAUUAAAAUUCAAAAUGAUUGAAGACUAAAUAGUUCUUAGAAGUUGUAUGCCAAUUUUAAAUACUAAAUAUUAAAAAUAUAUAAUGUUGUUUUAAUAUGUACCUAUAUAUUAUGAGUUAAAUAAGUAAUGACUACUUUAAUAAUGUUACUAUCAAUUCAAUCAAAAUGUAAAUAAUUCAAAUAUGUUUUUAUGUUAGAUUUAAAUAAAUAUAAAAUAUAAAUAUAAAUUAUAUAAUGAUUA